UGCAAAUCAAGUCAAUUCGCUCCCUUCACAUUGCAGCUGACAUGCAUUUCCACCAAUUUUUCUCUCUAAUUACAACGACCCUAAUCACAGCAGCAGCUGGCGGACAAAGUCUCCUUCCUGAGCAGCUAUUCCUCGAUUUGCCCGUUGCGGAGGUGCUCAAUCGAACUGCCUGGGACUUGGUGGAACCAUGGGCCACCGAGUACUGCGCCGCCAUUGCAGAGCAGCGAUACGGAGAUGCCAUCUAUGCCCGAUACAACAUCUUUGGGGACGCCAAGGACGGCAUGUUGAUGUUGUGGGACUGCACUGAUGAAGGGCUGUACCGUGAACGGAACAUCACUGUGUAUGAGCAGAUCAUGGAGGAUGCUCGAGGGUAUUACGAUGGGCACCUGGACCUUUACCAGGAAGCGCUAGAGUUCUAUAGCAGCAACAGUCCCAACGACUCGCGGCGAGACAUAAUCGAAGCGCUGAACAAUGUGAUGAACGGGUCAGACUCGUAGCCGCUCAGGAGUUCCAUUCAUUCCACUCCCUAUCGGAUUCCGCAACUACUCGAUCGUGUUCAUCUAUAUGUCGGAAAGAGUUAAUUGAUAUGCAGUUUGACAGGUAGCAGGCCAUGCUUAGAGGUCAAGAUGAUUGCUUUAGCAGGACAUUUCAGUUCCAAAUGAUGCACAUUGUGACACCAAGUCCUUUGUAUCUAGAACUUUAAACACUAUCAUGAAAAGAG